AUGAGAGUCAUAACCUCGAAGGGUGGCGUAGUGACUGGAGCUCGUAUCCAGUGCGUAACAACAUGCAACAACCCGGAACGCUUCGUCGGAUUCUGUUGCCCCGUGUGCCCAAGAUGUACGAUGGUGUUUACUCUCGUUUACCAAAACAACGUUUUUGACCAGGUUCUCGUUUCAGCUAGCAACCUCACCGCACCUUCUUCUGUUGCCGAACUGACCACCAUGCAAGACCCGUGUGUCCAGUGCCAGUGUGACACUCACUGGUGCCACUGUUUCCGAACAGCGUGCCCCGUGCUCGAUUGUGUGCCAAACCUACAGUACACUCCAGAAAACGCUUGUUGCCCCGAGUGUAAAGUUCCGCGCGAGGAAAAGCUGACGGAUCACACGUGCAUAUUCCAGGAUAAAGAGUACCAGUACGAUCAAAGUUUCAGACCAGAUCCGUGUACACUAUGUGUUUGUCAAGAUAGUCAGGUAUGGAAGAUGGACAGCUGCACGAAGUGUAAAUGCUCCAACGGAAAGGUGAUCUGUAAUACGGCCACAUGUCCUCAUUCGUUCGGCUGCCCUCGCGGAUACAAAAUGAAAACCGUCCCCGGUCAGUGCUGUUCGAAGUGUGUCGAAAAGGAAGCCACGUGCACGGUUUUUGGCGACCCUCAUUAUCAGACAUUCGACGGGCGCGAAUUCAGUUUUCAAGGAUCAUGCCGGUAUGUGUUGACCGAAGAGUGUGUUCUCGACCCAGAGCGUGAAAACUGGUCUCCUUUUACAGUCAUCGUCGCCAACGAGCUGCGCAGCAACGACAGCUAUUCGUGGACACGACAUGUUUCUAUUCGUUUGGCACGUGACAUUAGGGUGGCCUUACUUCCGGGUAAGAAAGUCAAAAUCAAUCGUCGAUUGGUCGCUCUGCCAUACGUCGAGUUGGGUCUGUUUUCGAUCAUGUUCGACAAGUCGUACAACGUGCUGAUGCGAGCGAACAUAGGUCUGAAGAUCGUCUGGGACGGCAAUAGCUACGCGGAGGUGACCGUCACUCCGAAUUAUAAAGGUCGACUGUGCGGCCUGUGCGGCAACUACAACCAUAACGCGAAAGACGACUUCGUAACGAAAAGCGGCUUCCUGGUCACCAAAGCUCAAGACGGACGGCACUUUGGCAGCGUCCGAUGGAAGCGCAAGCACCAGAGCAAAUUGGCGUGGAAGAUGCUGAACGGCGGCUCAAAGGUGUUCGGUGCCAAAGUCGGUCGUGAUCCGGACUUCUCCGUCGAUCAGGAUGAGUCCUUGUCAGCAGAGGCGAAGGCAACGGUGCCUGUCGAUGCAGCACCGAAGUCCAACGACGUGCUGAUGUCCGAAAAUGACGGCGUGACGGACUACGGUGGCAAUGACUUCCCAGAAACGACGACCACUCAGAAAAGUUCAGUGAUUCUGAGACAUUUCGGACCGAAGACACCGUGCGAAAAGAACGAAUUGACCGAAAGCUGCUUCCUGUUGAAGUCGGCUCUUUUCGCCCUCUGUCAUUCGGUGGUGCCAGUGCAUAGUUACCUAAAGUCAUGCAUAAUCGACAGCUGUGCGUGUCCUCCUGGACACCAUUGCUUCUGUGAAUCUCUGCUUGCGUAUGCCAGACGCUGCAAACGGGAAGGCGUUUCCAUUGAAUGGCAGCUCCAUGCCAAGUGCUACUUCGACAGUUUUUAA